AUGAGCUCCGGCCCCAAUCCCCAACCCCCCAAAACCUCCCCACCAACAGGGGCCUCUUCUCUUGCCGUAAGCCCCCACCCCAACCCCCAUCCUCACUCCCCACUCUACCCUACCACAACACCCCUAACCCCCAAAACAGUCGGCAUAGCCAUAUCAGCCAUCCUCUGCUGCUUCUGCCAAUGGCCCUUCAAACAACUCGACCAAAACCAAGCCGGGAUAAUCAUCCAACACGGCCACAUCCACGAAGUCGAAAACAAAAACCUCUACUUCAUCAACCCCCUCACCGAGAAAUUCAUCUCCGUCGACUUAAGUGUAAAGACUCGGGAAAUUAGUCAAAAGUCCUUUGACACGCCCACGGGCAGCGUUCGUAUCGCUCCUGUUAUUUCCUUCAGGGUUGCCAAUCCGAGUCGGUUCCUGUCUUUGUUCGCAAAGGUUCAAGAUGCGGAAGAGUUCGUGACGACGUUGACGUUGAGUUUUAUUGGGGUUUAUCUUGCGAUAAGCUCCCAUGGCAAUGAAGGGGCGGUGGAGAAGCUUCGGAGGGAUUUGUUCUUUAUUACAUGUACUAAAAAUCCGAAAGACCGCGCUCGAGCUGACGGUAACCCUGAGAAUGGAAAGGAAGUUAUUCCACCAGAUGAAGCGCCAUCUUCUUCUUCUUCUGCCGGGUCUCCAUCAACAUCUAACCACAUGGAUGAUUAUCCUCGGUGUUUGGAAGAAAAUGAGAUUCAGGUUUAG